UAAACCAGAUAGCUGUGCUUCUAUGGUUAGCAUUGCGGUUAGCUUUACGAAAACCGUUGUAACGAAGAGACUAACUAGUUUGCAAGAGUUAGUUCCAGUCUAUGGUAUUGCAUUUCUUGUUAAUGUCAGGAACAGGCGGCCGGAAGGAUCCAGGCCAGUGGGUGACCGGAACUGAAACACAACUAUACCCUCUUCCUCGCUCCUCUCAUCCCACAGAUCGUGAGCCCAAAGUCUUCCGUACCAUUCACCCUGGAGAGGUCCAUGGAGCAGGUACCAUGAGGCUGCACUGCAGGAUCCUUCCCCUCUUCCUCCCUAUCCUCAAGCCUCUAGCACGUCAUAGGCCGCUCUGCUGCCUUCCAGCCAAUGGCAGGCCAACCACAGCCCCCAGACUCUUCCUCUCCUCCCGUCACCUGACCACUGAUGUCCCCUCCUCCCAGCCCCUGGUUGGCCAAGAUACAACGGUCAAAGUUAUGGGCUACUCCUACCCUCGUGAUGACUUUACCAACGUGACCAGCAAGAUCCUGGCCAAGGUGGGCUGCAACCUGCACAACCAAGCCCACCAUCCUCUCUGGCUCAUCAAAGAGCGAAUCAAAGCCCACUUCUACCGUGCCUACAUCAUGCGCUCUGGCAACCCGCUUUUCUCGGUCCAUGACAACCUCAGUCCGGUGGUGACGACGGAGCAGAACUUUGACAGCCUGCUCAUCCCGCCCGACCACCCCAGCCGGAAGCGAGGCGACAACUACUACCUCAACCGGGGUACCAUGCUGCGAGCUCACACCUCCGCCCACCAGAGGGAGCUGGUGUGCUCGGGGCUGGACGCCUUCCUGCUGGCGGGUGACGUGUACCGAAGGGACGAGAUCGACGCCAGCCACUACCCCGUGUUCCAUCAGAUGGAGGGUGUACGCCUCUUCUCCAACCACGAGUUGUUUGCCAAGGUGUCGAGUGGAGAGGACCUGUCUCUCUUUGAGAGCGGGGGGCACCGGACCCCUCAGAAACAGGAGACACACACUCUGGAGGCGGUUAAGCUUGUGGAGUUUGAUCUGAAACAGACCCUCGACCGUAUGGUCAGACACCUGUUUGGAGAAGAGCUGGAGAUCCGCUGGGUGGAGUGUUACUUCCCCUUUACCCAUCCCUCCUUCGAGAUGGAGGUGCGUUUCCAGGAGGACUGGCUGGAGGUGUUGGGCUGUGGAGUAAUGGAGCAGGAGCUGGUGCACUCUGCGGGAGUGAGUAACAAGAUGGGCUGGGCAUUUGGACUGGGCAUGGAGCGCCUGGCCAUGGUGCUGUACGGGAUCCCUGACAUCCGCCUCUUCUGGAGCCAGGAUGACCGCUUCCUGAAGCAGUUUUGCCUGCCCAGCAUCAACGACCCAGUCACCUUCCAACCCCUCAGUAAGUACCCACCUCUGAUCAACGACAUCUCCUUCUGGCUACCGGCCGAGGGCUACACAGAGAACGACUUCUACGACCUGGUUAGAAGCAUCGGAGGAGACCUGGUGGAGAAGGUCGCCCUGGUUGACCAGUUCACACAUCCAAAGACGCAGAAGCACAGCCACUGUUACCGCAUCACCUACCGCCACAUGGAGAGGACRCUGACCCAGGAGGAGGUGCGUGUUCUCCAUGCCGCCAUCGAGCACACCGCCGAGCAGGAACUGGGCGUGAAGGGGCGGUACUGAGACCCCCUCCGCCGCACCCUCUGCCACACCCUCCCCUGCUCAGUAGGCGCGAAACAGGAAAAAUCGGUUUAAAACCUGGCAAAACGGAAAAGUACUACCCAAACUCAAAAUGUCCCUUUUUCAAUAGCUUUGUCACUGUGUGCCCUUCUGAACAUAACCAUGACUUACACGUUUCAAGCGGACGGACUUCGGCUGACUCUGUUCUCGGCUCUCAUAGAGACACGAGGGGAAUCCUACGGACCAUUCCUGGGGUUCCUCCUCUUGGUAGUACAACAAUAAUGAAAGUGGUUGUAGUACCUGCAGACGUAGGAUCUUAAUUUGAUUUCCCUUUUGUUGUUGAGAGUUUUGUAGUGUAUUCAAAGUUUAAAAACUAUUCUAAAGUUUAUCAUUUCCACUUUAAAAUAUCAGACUUGAUUUGCCCCAACGAAAAAUGUAUCAACCCCUACAAAAAAGGUCCAGAAAUUAUAAUCACCAUAAUAAUUCAUAUUUCCUGUUGCUGCAGGACUAUUUUCCUGCUGUAGCCCUGAGCUAACUCACCUGAUUCAAGUAGUCAAGGGCUUGGUCAUUAGUUGUCAAGUUGAAUCAGGUGUGCUAGCUCUGGAUUAGUUUAAAUACAUGGAACGGAUGGCUGUCCCUGAGGAGAGGUUUGGUACGAGACUACAGGUAACGACUAGACCUCCUCGAAAGUGUGCUUCAAUGUGACUAUUAGAUAGUGGUCCUGUGUGGCAGAGUUUGUAAGAGCACCACUCUAGCAAUGCCAAGGUAGUGGGUUCAAUUCCUGCAUUGAUCACAUAAUAAAAAUGGAUGCUCGCAUUGUACUGUACAUUUCUUUGAAUAAAAGCGUCUGCUAUGUGACAUUAUAGUCACUGAUUCUUCUGAACAAAGCGACACAUCCACUCUAGGCUCUACUCCACCMCGGUACCAAGCAACUCUUAUCAUUAGAGUCUCCAGUAACCUUUCAUGUGAKGUGGCUGACGCUCUUAAGUGACACAAUCCACAGCGUCGCGUCACCAGAGGGGGAAUGUGUUUGAUUUAAUAUGGACGUCACCUAAAGCCUUUCAUGCCAUUGGCUUCUUACCAGCCUGGCGAGAGAGACCGACGAACGGACACAAUACAGUCCUGUUGAUGGUUCAAUCGACAUUUGUAUUUGUAAUAUUUCCAUAAAAGAUGUGUUAUUAAGAGUGAGGAGGGGAUGUGUUGGUACACUACCUGAGAAGCAUUGUAAUAAAAGCCGCUGUUGUCUCAGUGCUGGGUGAAAGUA